UUUGCACUGCACACCUUUCAUCACCAAGUAAGCAAUCAGUGACGCCCAAGUCUUAAGGGCGAUAAAAAAUGGGGUGUUUACAAUUGGUCAUUGAUCUUGACUCUUGAUGAAGUGCUAGUGGUGUAUGGAAACAUCACAUAUUAUAUGUGAACACUUCGAUUUUUUGGUCUGUGAUCUUUUGAGGUUUGUCUAGUGGUUCAGAAUGGUUUUAGGAUUCAUUGCCAGAGCAAUAACCAUAUCAAUUUUAGUUAUUUGGAUCUCAAAUGCUCUGUAUACUUCAUUCUUAAUUGUCAUGCUUUGCCUUUUCCCAUAAAUGUUAAUUCACAUUUAGCAUUCAACUAUUUAUUUAAUUUGGUUCACCUUUUGCCACACUUGUGUACAGAUUCAUCUAGAAUUACAAGUCUAUGGAUCGUUAUUUUUUAUGAAGAUGGGAGGCGGAAGGAAAGAUAAAAUGACAGUAGAACAGUCUAUUGUUAGAGGUUCCCUUCAUGGUGGUUCACUUCAGAUAAAUAGGAAUAUUGAUCAUGUUAACUCAUAUUUAGAGUUAACAGAAGUUCAUCAUUUGGUAGUAGCUACAAGGAAGCUUGUAACUAGGGCUUAACAGGGUUAUAUAAUCUUGGAACACUUGUUUCAUGAACAGUGCCAUUCAGUGUUUGGUGCAUACUCCAAAGCUUGUUGAUUAUUUUCUUGGAGACUAUAGAAAGGACAUAACUAUUGAAAAUCCCUUGGGCAUGAAUGCACGUAUAUUUGGAAUCCAACAAUUAGCUAUUUGUACUUUUGAAAGAGCUUGUUUUGGCAUUUUGCCCUCUUGUUAUGUGUUUUGUUGGCAGCCUCUUAAAUGUGUCAUUGUCUCUCUCUCUCUCUCAAUGUGCACUUUUUGGCCAAGGCAAACUUGCUUUACAAUUUGGAGAUUUGUUAAGGAAGCUAUGGGCUCCAGGAGCAACACCAGUAGCUCCAAGAGCGUUUAAAUUGAAACUUUCUGCUUUUGCACCUCAAUGUAGUGGCUAUAACCAGCAUAAUUCCCAAGAAUUUCUUGCUUUUUUGUUGGAUGGGCUCCAUGAAGAUCUCAAUCGUGUGAAAUACAAACCUUACAUAGAAGCAAAGGAAGUAGAAGAUCGGCCUGAUGAAGAAGUGGCAAAUGAACACUGGCAGAAUCAUCUAGCUCGUAGUGACUCCGUCAUAGUUGAUGUGUGCCAAGGUCAAUACCAUUCAAAAUUGGUUUGUCCAGCUUGCAAGAAAUUGUCCAUUACAUUUGAUCCAUUCAUGUAUCUUUUGUUACCACUACCUUCAACAACAAUGGGCACGAUGACUUUGACAGUCAUGAGCACUGAUGGGAGUACUUUGCCAUUUUCAGUCACUGUAACUGUGCCAAAGUAUGGAAGAUGUAAGGAUCUAGUGCAGGCCUUAAGCACCAUAUGUUCUUUGAGAGAUGAUGAAAAACUGUUGGUAGUUGAGAUUGGAGAUUAGAGAUGGACGUGUUUGGCAAUCUGGAGAGCAAGAGCUUGCUUAUUUUGUGUUUUUAUUAAUAUUACCUUACAUGUAUUUUGGUUGCAUUGUAAAGUUUAUAUUUUUGUAUAUAUUAGAAGACACGUUUGGUAAUCUACACUUGAUAUUAUAUAUUUGUAGAUAUUAGGAGACGUGUUUUCUGUGGAUAUUAGGAGACAUGUUUUGUAAUCGGCAGUUAAUGUUGUAUUUUUGUGGAUAUUAUGAGACAUAUUUCGA